AAUACAUUAUAAAAAUAUAGGACAAAACACACAUUACGACAAGAGACACUACAUAAAAGAAAGACCUAAGAUAACAACCUAGCAAGGCAGCAACACAUGACAACACAGCAUGGUAGCAACUAGGGCCGGGCGAUAUGGCCAAAAUCUCAUAUCCCUAUAUAUAUUCUUAUUUACAAUGACGGCCUACCCCGGCCAAACCCAGACGACAGUGGGUUGUGUUUGGCCCAAUGGGACUCCCAAUCACGGCCGGAUGUGAUGCAGCCUGGAUUCGAACCAGGUCCUGUAGUGAUACCUCUUGCACUGGGAUGCAGUGUCUUAGACCACUGCACCACUUGGGAUCCCUGAUAGUGAUACAUAUCACCAUAUACACAUUUGUUUGUAAAUUCAAUGAAUAAAUAGUUUAUCUAAAGGCCUAUUUCUUAUUACAGUUUUAAUUAUACUCAACAAAUUAAAAGGUGUUUACUCAUAUUUGAUUAUUUAUUUUAUUUAGAACCUGUGCAAAUGUUCAAUUAAGCACGUAACAAAAUAUAAACUGUUAAUGUAUAGAACCUAAAAAGGUAAAUGGAAAACACUUCAACUAUAGUUUCAAACAAAAUAAAUAUAGGCCUAAAAUAUAUAUCUUUUAGGGGGGCUUGCCUGUUUUGCAUGUUAUUUUGGCAUUAAUACACAUGUCAAUUUGCAUUUGGUACCUUGUGUCGAGUGUUAGCACCAACUCACGAAACCCCUGUUUCUGGACUGUGUAAAUUGGGGCCAUGUCUUUGCAGAUGUAAGUUGUAACAGCAGCUGUUAUCUCCUUCCAUCUUCAUGGUUCUUUGCCAUAUGCUGUGCCGCAGGCCAAAGCCUCCUGCAACGUCUGAGUCGGGGUUUGUUUUGAGCACUCGACUGUACUGUUUUGGGUCUCACCCGUAGACACUAUCUGUACUGUUUGACAUGAUUCUUGCGUAGGUGGUAAAGGAGGUUAGUGGUGUUUGAGCGUGUUGUUGGGACCGUGUAGGUGGUAAAGGAGGUUAGUGGUGUUUGAGUCUGUUGUCAGGACCGUGUAGGUGGUAAAGGAGGUUAGUGGUAUUUGAGUCUGUUGUCGGGACCGUGUAGGUGGUAAAGGAGGUUAGUGGUAUUUGAGUCUGUUGUCGGGACCGUGUAGGUGGUAAAGGAGGUUAGUGGUGUUUGAGUGUGUUGUCGGGACCGUGUAGGUGGUAAAGGAGGUUAGUGGUGUUUGAGUGUGUUGUCGGGACUGUGUAGGUGGUAAAGGAGGUUAGUGGUGUUUGAGUGUGUUGUCGGGACUGUGUAGGUGGUAAAGGAGGUUAGUGGUGUUUGAGUGUGUUGUCGGGACUGUGUAGGUGGUAAAGGAGGUUAGUGGUGUUUGAGUGUGUUGUCGGGACUGUGUAGGUGGUAAAGGAGGUUAGUGGUGUUUGAGUCUGUUGUCGGGACAGUGUAGGUGGUAAAGGAGGUUAGUGGUGUUUGAGUCUGUUGUCGGGACCGUGUAGGUGGUAAAGGAGGUUAGUGGUGUUUGAGUCUGUUGUCGGGACCGUGUAGGUGGUAAAGGAGGUUAGUGGUAUUUGAGUCUGUUGUCGGGACCGUGUAGGUGGUAAAGGAGGUUAGUGGUAUUUGAGUGUGUUGUCGGGACCGUGUAGGUGGUAAAGGAGGUUAGUGGUAUUUGAGCGUGUUGUCUGGACCGUGUAGGUGGUAAAGGAGGUUAGUGGUGUUUGAGUGUGUUGUCGGGACCGUGUAGGUGGUAAAGGAGGUUAGUGGUGUUUGAGUCUGUUGUCGGGACCGUGUAGGUGGUAAAGGAGGUUAGUGGUGUUUGAGUCUGUUGUCGGGACCGUGUAGGUGGUAAAGGAGGUUAGUGGUGUUUGAGUCUGUUGUCGGGACCGUGUAGGUGGUAAAGGAGGUUAGUGGUGUUUGAGUCUGUUGUCGGGACCGUGUAGGUGGUAAAGGAGGUUAGUGGUGUUUGAGUCUGUUGUCGGGACCGUGUAGGUGGUAAAGGAGGUUAGUGGUGUUUGAGCGUGUUGUCGGGACUGGCCUGAGGCAUGUUUUGCAGAGGACGGUUUUCUGGUCCGUGUCAGACUUCAAACCUUCACCAUGUCCAUGCGACCAAAGUAGCCCUUCUUUUAGGUACGAGCUCCGUGUCGCCGUGCUCCGUGUCACGUUCACUCUCUUCCACGUUGGUUUGUGUUGCACAACGUUGUCCAAUUGACUAAAAAUGUUGCCAUAAAGAGUGUGAUUUGCACACAAUGAAAUAAACAAUAGAGCAUAAUAUGAAACGAUAGAAAAACUUCUAUCGUCACACAAUAUAUAUCAUCAUAUCGCCCAGCCCUAGUAGCAACACAACUUGACAACAACAUGGUAGCAACGUGGUAGCAACACAACAUGGCAACAACAUGGUAGCAACACAACUUGACAACAACAUGGUAGCAACACAACAUGGCAACAACAUGGUAGCAACACAACUUGACAACAACAUGGUAGCAACACAACUUGACAACAACAUGGUAGCAAAACAACAUGGCAACAACAUGGUAGCAACACAACUUGACAACAACAUGGUAGCAACACAACAUGGCAACAACAUGGUAGCAACACAACAUGGCAACAACAUGGUAGCAACACAACUUGACAACAACAUGGUAGCAACACAACAUGGCAACAACAUGGUAGCAACACAACAUGGCAACAACAUGGUAGCAACACAACUUGACAACAACAUGGUAGCAACACAACAUGGCAACAACAUGGUAGCAACACAACAUGGCAACAACAUGGUAGCAACACAACUUGACAACAACAUGGUAGCAACACAACUUGACAACAACAUGGUAGCAACACAACUUGACAACAACAUGGUAGCAACACAACUUGACAACAACAUGGUAGCAACACAACUUGACAACAACAUGGUAGCAACACAACAUGGCAACAACAUGGUAGCAACACAACUUGACAACAACAUGGUAGCAACACAACAUGGCAACAACAUGGUAGCAACACAACAUGGCAACAACAUGGUAGCAACACAACUUGACAACAACAUGGUAGCAACACAACAUGGCAACAACAUGGUAGCAACACAACUUGGCAACAACAUGGUAGCAACACAACUUGACAACAACAUGGUAGCACCUCAACAUGGCAACAACAUGGUAGCACCUCAACAUGACAACAGCAUGGUAGCGACACAACAUGGCAACAACAUGGUAGCACCUCAACAUGGCAACAACAUGGUAGCAACCCAACAUGGCAACAACAUGGUAGCACCUCAACAUGGCAACAACAUGGUAGCACCUCAACAUGGCAACAGCAUGGUAGCAACGCAACAACAUGGUAGCACCUCAACAUGGCAACAACAUGGUAGCAACACAACUUGGCAACAACGUGGUAGCAACACAACUUGGCAACAACGUGGUAGCAACACAACUUGGCAACAACAUGGUAGCAACACAACUUGACAACAACAUGGUAGCAACACAACAUGGCAACAACAUGGUAGCAGCAAAAAACAUGGUACAAACAUUGAGCACAGACAACAGCACAAAAGGCAAGAGUGUAGAGACAACAAUACGUCACGUAAAGCAGCCACAACUGUCAGUAAGAGGGUCCAUGAUUGAGUCUUUGAAUGAAGAGAUUGAGAUAAAACUGUCCAGUUUGAGUGUUUGUUGCAGCUCGUUUCAGUCGCUAGCUGCAGCGAACUGAAAAGAGGAGUGACCCUGUGAUGUCUGUGCUUUAGGG